AUGCCGAAGGGAAAGCGUGCGAAAGAAUCUGUCGCGUCGCGAGGCCGAGGGACGGAUGCUGGCGAAAGGAGGAAGGUUGCGAAAGGUUCUGCGAGCGACAAGCGAGCAAAGGGUGCGGCUGACGUGUCGCUUAAGGAGCGGCCUAAGGUUCAAUAUUCGUCGGACGAAUAUUCUGCGGAUGAGGAUGACGACGAAGAAGCGGAUCUCGUGCAUAGGAAGAAACGCGACGGGAUGCACAGGCGAGUCAAUGGCGAUGGGAAGGCGAAAGAAGGGAAAGGCCUGAAGGGCGAGGAGGGGAAAUUGGGUGUCUCGGGAGGUAAAGAGUCCGGGAAAGUGAGCUUUAAGAAGGGAAAAGGGUUUCGAGACGAUGAUGAGGACGGGGAAAGGGAAGAGAAGGGUGGGACGCACAAACGAUCGUUUCGGCCUGGUAGGAAGGACGAGGAGAGCGAGGAGUGGGACGAGGAGGAGGAGGAGGAUGGGCCGGAAUUGGUUGGGCGGGAAGCGAAGGGGGGAGUGGCGCGAAGGGAGGAAGAUUUGCGGAGGAAAGGGGGUGAGCGCGAGGGGCGCGAGGUGGGGCGGGAGAAGGAGAAGGGCAAAGGGAGAGAGAGGAGCGAGAGGGAAAGGAUUGAGAGGGAGAGAGCGGACGAACGCGAGAGGGAAGAGCGAGCAAGGGAGAAGAUGCGGCGGGAGAGGGAGAGAGAGAAGGAAAGGGAACGGGAGAGGGAGAGGGAAAGGGAGAGGGAAAGAGAGAGGGAGAGGGAACGGGAGAAGGAGAGGGAAAGGGAGAGAGAAAGAGAGAGGGAGAGGGAGAGAGAGAGGAGGGAGAGGGAAAAAGAGAGAGAAAAGCGGGAAAGAGAAAAGGAGAGGGAGAGGGAAAAGGAGAGGGAAAGGGAAAGGGAGAGGGAGAGGGAAAAGGAGAGGGAGAGGGAUCGGGAGUCGAGAAGGCGAAGGAGAGAGGCGGACGAUGAAGGGGAUGAUGGCGGGAGGAAGGCGCAGGGGGAGGAGGGGCGGCGGAAACGCGUUAAAGAAGAUGAGGUUGGGCGGGGUGAGAGAGGCGCAGAGGCGAAGGGGGAGAAGGAGAAGGGGAAAGAUGAGGGGAAGGGGAAGGAGAAGGUUAAAGAGGAGAAGGGGAAGGAAGAGAAGGGGAAUGAGGAGAAGGUGAAGGAGAAGGGGAAGGGCGGUGAGGGGGAGGAGGAGAUGGACGCGGAGCAGCGGAGGCUGGCGGAGGAGAUGGAGAGGCGCAGGCGGAGAGUGCAGGAGUGGCAGGAGCAGCGGCGGAAGAAGGCGGAAGAGGAGCAGGCGCGCGCAGCUGCAGGCGCAGGGGGGGAGGGCGGAAGCGGGGGCGCGGGGGGGAGCAGCGCGGCGCAGGCGGGUGGCGAGGGGAAGGGGCGCGGGUGGACUCUGGAUGGGGAGUCGGAUGAUGAAGAGGAGAAGGGGGCCGCCGGGGAUAUGGAGGGGAAGGAGGGGAAAGGGGGGAAAGGGAAGGGGAAGGAGAAAGUGGAGGAAGAGGGGGAGGGAGAGGAGGGACGGGGAAUGGAUUUGGACGAGGGAGGGGAGGGAGAGAAGGGGGAGGACGAAGAGGAGGGAGAGAAGCAGAAAAGGGAUCUGAAGGGGAAGGGCAAGGAGGAGGAGGAGGCAGCAAAGGAAGAAGCAGCAGAGGAGGAAGAGGAAGUGGAUCCUUUAGACGCGUUCAUGAACUCGCUGGUGCUCCCAGAGGUCACCAAGCUAGAUGCCAAGGAUGCCACCCGGCCCGCCGCCCCCACGGGAAGCACGGAGCCGGCAGUGGGUGGCAGCAGUUCGUCCCAUGCUGCCAACGGUGGAGAUGCGCUGAUGGGCGCGGGGGCUGUUGUAGGGGCUGACAAGGGUGGCGCCAAGGGAAAGAAAGAGAAGGAGAAGGAGAAGGAGAAAGGGAAAGCAGAGGGGAAGAGGAAGGGCAAGGGACCCAAGGGGCGCAUGGUGUUUGGUGUUGACUCUGAAUCAGAGGACGAGGGGGGAGGGGCAGGCGAGUCAGGUGAUGAGGAGGGAGAGGGCGAGGAGGGGGGAGAGGGCGGAAAGAAGGGAGAGGAGGAGGAUGCGGAGUUUGUGAAGCGAGUGACGGCCGUGGCGCAGACCAAGGCGGAGAAACUCGCCCCUGUGGACCACUCGCAGGUGCACUACGAGCCUUUCCGAAAGAAUUUCUACAAGGAAGUGAAGGAAGUGGCGAAGAUGACAGCGGACGAGGUGGCGCUGUACCGGCGCGAGCACGAGUUCAAGCUGCGCGGCAAGGACGUGCCCAAGCCGGUGCACACGUGGGUGCAGAGCGGGCUGAGCAACAAGGUGCUGGACGUGCUCAAGAAGAUGGGGUUCGAGCGCCCCAUGCCGAUCCAGGCGCAGGCGCUGCCCAUUGUGAUGAGCGGGCGCGACUGCAUUGGGAUUGCCAAGACGGGGUCGGGGAAGACUCUGGCGUUUGUGCUGCCGAUGCUACGGCACAUCAUGGACCAGCCCCCACUGCAGUCAGGCGACGGCCCCAUAGGUCUCAUCCUGGCCCCCACGCGCGAGCUCGUGCAGCAGAUCUUCGCCGACAUCCGCCGCUUCGCGCGCCCCCUCGGCCUCUCCUGCGUGCCCGUCUAUGGCGGCUCUGGCGUGGCCCAACAGAUCAGCGAGCUUAAACGCGGCGCCGAGGUGGUGGUGUGCACGCCCGGGCGCAUGAUCGACAUCCUGGCGACCAGCAACGGGCGCAUCACGAAUCUGAGGAGGGUGACGUAUCUGGUGCUGGACGAGGCAGACCGCAUGUUUGACAUGGGCUUUGAGCCGCAGAUCGGACGGAUCAUCGGGAACACAAGGCCCGACCGCCAGACGGUGCUCUUCUCCGCGACCUUCCCCCGCCAGGUCGAGACCCUGGCGCGGAAGGUGCUCACGAAGCCCAUUGAGAUCCAGGUGGGAGGGCGCAGCGUUGUCAACAGCGACAUCACACAGACGGUCGAGGUGCGUCCAGAGGGAGAGCAGCGCUUCCUGCGGCUCCUCGAGCUACUAGGCGAGUGGUGCGACAAGGGCAAGAUCCUGGUGUUCGUGCACUCCCAGGACAAGUGCGACGCGCUCUUCCGCGAUCUCCUCAAGUCCGGAUACCCCUGCCUCUCGCUGCACGGCGCCAAGGACCAGACCGACCGCGAGUCCACCCUGCAGGACUUCAAAACCAACGUGUGCAACCUGCUCGUGGCUACUAGUGUGGCGGCUCGAGGACUAGAUGUUAAGGAGUUAGAGCUGGUAAUUAACUACGAUGUGCCGAACCAUUACGAGGAUUAUGUGCAUCGGGUGGGGAGGACCGGGAGGGCCGGGAGGAAAGGGUGCGCGGUGACGUUUAUUAGUCCGGAGGAGGAUCGGUUUGCGCCGGACCUGGUCCGAGCCUUGGAGCUUUCGAAGCAGCCGAUUCCGGAGGAUCUUAAAGCCAUGGCUGAUGCGUUCACUGCCAAGGUGAAGGCGGGGAGCGUGGUGGCGCAUGGGAGUGGGUACGGUGGGAGUGGCUUUAAGUUUAAUGAGGAGGAGGAAGCUGCUAAGAAGGCUCUGAAGAAAGCUCAGGCGAAGGAGUAUGGGGUGGUGGUGGAUGAGGAGGAGGGGGGCGAGGAGGAGGAGGAGAAGGAGGAGAAGGAGGGCAGCGGGGCGAUUCGGAGGGUCGAGGCUACGAGUGCGGGUGGUGCAGCGGCGUCGGCAGCGCAGAGCAUUGCAGCGGCGGUGGCGGCUGCUGCGGCUGCAGCUGCAGCGAACAAGGCAGGAGGUGCAGUGCCGGCAGUGGCAGGAGCUGCAGCAGCGAACCCAAUCCAAGCAGCAGUGCAAGCAAGGAUGGCCCAGAUGGGCAUCACCCCUGCUGCUGGCUCCGCUGGUGCAGCCGGUGCUACUGCUGCUGCUGCUGCCCUUGCCAAUCCCCUUGCUGCUUCCCUCGUGGGAGCAGCAGCAGCAGGGGAAUCAGCAGCGACGGCCAUCGCCUCAGCAGCCGCCGCAGCCCCGACCCCCGUCUCCCGCGCAGCGGCCUUCGCAGCAGCCAUCAGCCUGCAGCACAACUUAGCCAAACUCCAACCCGCCGAGCCCGUGAAAGCACACUACGAAGCGGAAUUCGAGAUCAACGAGUUCCCGCAGCACGCGCGGUGGAAGAUCACCCACAAGGAAACCCUAAACCAGAUCAUUGAAUGGACCGGCGCGUCGGUGACGACGCGCGGGCUGUACUGCCCGCCGGGCAAGGCAUUAGCGGCCGGGGAGAAGAAGCUGUAUUUGUCGAUCGAGGGGCCAACGGAGGCGAGUGUGAAGAAGGCCAAGGUGGAGAUCAAGAGGAUUAUCGAAGAGGCGAGUGCUGCUGAUGCAUCCCACCAGCAGCGCCCCGUGCAGCCGGGGCGGUACUCUGUCAUGUGA